ACAAAAACUAGUUUAUUUAUAUUUAUAUUUGCACCAAAACGACGUCACCUGGACCAAGUAUUUAAAGGGCAUUCGAAUUCACCCAUUCACCAAAUCCCGAAACCACUGCCUGAAACCAAAACGACGUCAAUGGCGGUUUCCAUCACCGACUACAACCUGGAGUACCGGUGCUCGACAGACGACGCGUGGUACACCUGCGCCGUCGUUCUCGACGACGUCAACCGCAACCUCCGUGUCAAGUUCCGCGAUUUUGUUCAAAGUUUCUACGACGAAGUUUUCUCCGUCGCUAACUUCUCGACUCACAGUGAAAUCGAACAGUUUCUCCUUAGAUUCCGUCCGGUUUCAAAGCCUGUUGAGGAUUAUGAGUGUUCUGGAAUCAUUCAAGGCAUGCUUGUUUGUGCCAUUUACAGAAACAAGGAUGAAGCUCUGUAUUUUGACGCUGUUGUUGACGCUGUGCGUUAUAAAGCGCAUAAACCGGAGGAGUGUUUAUGCAGUUAUCUGCUAUGCUGGCAGCAUGGACCGGGCAAUGGAAAUGUAACAAAGUCAACUAUCGAGGACAUUUGUCUUAUUACCGAUGGUGCUAUUCAUCCCAAACUUAUUGAGUUCGCAAACCUUAUGAAACAACAACUUAAAGGGGCUUCCGUUCAGUCUCAGGUGUUUGGCAGUGCGGGGCAUAGUUCUCAUGUCGGAUCCUCUGCAGAGUUGAGUGAUCAUGAUAUCGAUAUGGGCGGUGUGAAAACAACUGGUCGUCAUCAUUAUAUUAUGUUGGAAAAUCUCGAGAAAGAUCUGUGUCCGUUGUUAAUGAUGGAUUUUAUACAUGAACAUACAUCAAUCACAGCCGAAUCGUAUGUUUUCCCAAGUUUGUUAGCUGAAACGUAUGCACGAGGAGCAAUUAUGGUAGAUAGCACUACAAAGUUGAAGAGGAUUUAUGAUUUUAUAAACAAUCCAAAUCACAUCAUUACAUCUUUCUCUGGAAGGCCGUGGGUUCUUGCUGAAGAUGAUCUUAGAACCGGAACAUUCAACGCAAACCUGCAUAGCUUGCAGCCUAAGUAUGAGAACUAUGGUACAAAGAAUGAGUUGAAAGUUGUUCGGUUAGGAACAGAAGAGUACAGAGAAUGUAAACAGCAAAAAGAUUUAUUUUUGGAAUUUCGCGGUCAUGUAAAUGGGCUCGUGAAGAGGUUGGGCAUGGAGGAGAAGAAGAAUCGGGACCUGUUCAGCUUCUGCAAAUUGUGAAAGUGCGGUUUCUAGUGGCAGGUGUUGUAAAGGUACCAGCAUGGUGUUGUGUUUUUGUGAAUAGUUGAAGCUUGAGAUAGUAGUUUAAACGGGUGCAGGUCAGGUUCACGUCGGUUCUUUUUGAGAGUUAUGAAUCUCAUAGUAAAGCUACAAAUUAUAUCGCUCUAGAUUUUUGGUGUUUUUAACCCUCAGAAAACCUAGUGAUAAGUUGCUAAGUAACACAACCAUACAAGUCGUCGGACCUUUACUUUUAAUUUUGCCCGCCUAUAAUUAACUAGUGGGAUUCCUACGUGAUAGCAAUGGGAAUUCGGUCAGUAGUGGUUUGUUAUGCUGGCUAAUUUGACCGGUAUCAGUUCUACAAUGGAUCCUUUUUGUAAUAGAAGCUCACUUGAAAAGGCAUUGCAAUA